UCUCUCCGUUAUAUUAGCACGGAACAGAUUUAACGAUUAUCUCCCUCCGUUCCACCGGAAACUCAAAUUCUUCUUCUCUAAGAAAGCAAUUCUGAUGGGUUCUCGUUCAAAAUUAAGCUCCGGUAGCUUAUCUAUGAGAAGAACAAGAAGAUCUACCACUCACAAAAAAACAUGCAAAUCUCAAAAUCUUGUUGACGUUGACGGCGGUUCCGUUUCUGAAAAAUUGGAGGCUCUGAAGCAGUUAAUUCCAGCCAACAAUGGUGAAAUCAAAGCUGACCAGUUGUUCAAAGAAACUGCUGAUUACAUUGUUCUUCUCAGAACUCAGGUCUUCGUUUUACAGAAACUCGUCGAUUUUUAUGGAUCAAAUACCGAUCAAAAUCCUGUAUAGUAACAUUUAGCAGUUUUACCUCCCAAAAACUGAAAAACAGAAAGCAAAAAUAAAAAAAUUGCUUCAAUUUUCUUCUUUCUUUUCCGUUUGAGUUAAAUUAUUUUUCUCUUCUUUUAAUUAGAUUCAAGCUAUGUAAGGGUUAGGUGUGUUGCUGAAUUUCAGGAUUAAAUAGUUACUAGUAUGUCACAAAAGUCUUAAUUAA